AUGCGUUCUGGAGAUUUAUUGGUCGAAACAGAUUCCAAAAAACAAUCGAACCACCUUCUAAAAUUGAAAGCGCUUGCACACAUGCCUGUUAGUGUGAGUAUUCACUCGUCUCUUAACUUCUCCAAGGGUGUCAUAACCUGCGGAGAACUAUUUAAUGUUCCUUUAGAAGAAAUAUCUGCAGAGUUAAAGAAACAAGGUGUGUCUCAAGUCAACCAAAUAAAGAUCCGUCGUGAUGGGCAACUCCUCCCAACCAAGCAUUAUAUACUGACAUUUCACAAUCCAAAAUUACCAGAAUAUAUAUAUGCUGGUUAUAUCAAAUUACCAGUUCGCCAGUAUAUACCAUACCCAUUAAGAUGCUUCCAGUGCCCGCGCUUUGGCCAUUCGAAAGUUAAUUGCCGCGGGACACUUACUUGUGCCCGCUGUGCUGAAAAAGGGCAUGACAGCCAGCAGUGCCCGGCACAAGAAAAGUGCGUGAACUGCGGCGGAGACCAUCCAUCUUAUGCUCGAACUUGCCCACGUUGGAAACUGGAGAAACAGGUUACAACUGUCAAAAUAAAGGAAAAUUUAUCAUACCCCGAAGCCAGACGUAGGAUUCUAACUCAGACACCUACUCCUGGUGUCAGCUAUGCUUCAGUUUCACAAAAAAACUUUUGCACAAACUGCAAAUGCCAAAAUUGUGUGAAACAAACAGUUAAAAUUAACCCUCCCGAAAAAACAUCGGAUUCAGAUACUGAUAAAUCUACUAAAAGUACUCCAGAAAUUCAUAAAAUAGAACCAUCGAUUUCAAGAAAAGGUCCAAAGAAAAAACUAAAGAAUUCGCAGACAUUAAAGCUAGCUAAACGUGGCCUAUCACAAGUAGAUCUCCCAUUGAAACUCCCCUCAGGGGCUCACCUUCUUUAG